CUCCAAGAUCAUUUUCUACUGGAGAACCAAAUAACGUUGGUGAUUGUGAGGCACGGGCAGAAAAAUAGGGAUCUUUGUGUCUUCCCCCAGUAGUAGUAGUGACCAGCCUCGGCAGCAGGUAGGACCACUAUUUCUACUCGCUCGUCGAUGACAUUCGAUGAUCAGAAUGGCCUCAGUCGUUUUAACCCCAAAUCAGCACAUUAGUGACUCAUGAGCAAAUACUUGGUUUUUAGCAGAGGCUAUAUUUAAAAGGAUAUCAUCCAUAUUUCGGGGAAAUGUCGAUAACAAUAGACAACGCAAACAAUUGUAAUAUUAUCUGUAGCCCUGAUUGAGCAGGAGACCUCGUUAUGUUGAUAAUCUUGCUCUAGUCUAGUGUGCCGCACCUGUUACUAUCUCGCAUAGCCUACCCUACCUUAUUGUUCUGAGUGAUUUGGAUUUCGAACAGAUCACACGCAAAAUACCUCUCCAGACUAGAGCUCUAUAAAAUAGUUAUUUGGAUUGGAAUGACGCUGCUGCGCAAUCUUUGGCAUUUGACUUGCAUUCCAUCACUCCGCCUCUAGAGUAAAGGGAUCAGUUUAAUUUUAUAAACUUUCUGUCGACAUUUUCCUCUAGCCUAUAUAAUCGGCUGAUCGUCGUUCAGUGCGAUCGCUUACUGCGCAUAUUGAGCCAUGCAGUCGCAUAGGAAAAACCAAGUAUUUGACAGUUAUGUUGUACACAUUUUUCCAAGCUCACAUUCACCAGUUUUUCCUCCACUCCGUGUUGCGUCCAGGGAUCAGCCAUGCCUUUCGGAAACACCCACAACUUGCUAAAGAUGAAGUACGCUUCUAGUGAGGAGUACCCAGAUCUCAGCCAGCACAAUAAUCAUAUGGCCAAGGUCUUGACUCCUGCCAUCUACGAGCGUCUAAGGAGCAAACAAACGCCCAGUGGAUUUACAUUGGAUGAUGUCAUUCAAACCGGGAUUGAUAACCCAGGUAAAGACCCAUGCAGCUUUCAACCAUCAAGCCAUGUGUUCUGCCUCUUAAAAGUGCGUUUAAUGAGGACAUCCAGUGUUACAGCUAUGGAAGCGCUCAUGCCCUUUUGUUCUGCACAGUGACCUUGUCGAUGGGUUCUAUAACCCUAUAAGUUUGUAAUUAAGAGGAAGAAAGAUGCGUGUAUUCCAUUGGUCUGCAUCCGUACCAAACGCUCAAAGCACAAUGGUUCGACGAUUUGUUUCAGAUAACCUUUUAAAUUCUGCUGGGAAUAAAGCUUGUUGGUCAAGCAUACCAUAAGAACUUAUCAAUACGGAAACUAUCAUAGAUUGUCACUGCAAUAAGUGACAAUCUGGUGACUCCAUAUGAACUAAAAUAGUAUAGCCCAACCCUUUUUGAGGGGAACUGAGAUGCUGAGUAGAUAGUCCAAACACAUUUUUAAGCAUAGCAGGUGGCUUCCCCUUACCUUGUAGAAUGUGUUUUGUUAUUGUUCAGCAAUGAUAAAAUGGCAAAACUGACCAUCAAGAGGCUGUCAGCUGAGGAGGAGUUCCCUGACCUAAACCAGCACAACAACCACAUGGCCAAGGUCUUAACCCAGGACAUGUACACCAAACUCAGAGACCGUGCCACCCCCAACGGCUUCACCAUAGAUGGUGUCAUUCAGACGGGGAUUGAUAAUCCUGGUAAAAUGAACACAUCCUGAGUCUGUCGACCCCACCUUUUGGAGUUUGAAAUGCUAAGCACUAUUUAUUGAGGUUGUCAAUGUGUUUCUGUCAUGCUCUACAAUUUGUCUCCUAAUUGACUCCGCUGUUUUGUUUUUCCCCAUUCCAGGCCAUCCCUUCAUCAUGACUGUGGGAUGUGUGGCUGGAGAUGAGGAGACAUACGAGGUCUUCAAGGAGCUGCUGGACCCCAUCAUCGAGGACAGACAUGGAGGAUACAAGCCUACAGACAAGCACAAGACUGACCUCAACCCAGACAACUUGAAGGUACUGCCAUCUAAAUGGGUACCUGGUUGACUGUGGUCUGAGACACAUUUUCAACUGUGUACCCUGCAGGAAAGUAGACCAGUGUUGGCAAGUUACAGGUAACGCUAGGUUAACUUGGGUGUCUUUUAAUUUUUUUUACAGGGUGGAGAUGACCUGGACCCCAACUACGUCAUUAGCUCUCGUGUCCGAACAGGCAGGAGCAUCCGCGGGUUCUGCCUGCCCCCACACUGCAGCCGUGGAGAGCGACGGGGUGUUGAGAAAAUGUCAGUCGAAGGUACUUACCUCAACCCACCCCAAAAAUGUAUCAAGAUGAACUGAACUUAUUUUUCUAAAUGCUUUUUUUUACCCCAUAAAUUGCAAAGAUGGGAGUGUAGAAACAAUGUUUUGAGGGGCUGGGAUGGUGCGUUUCAUACAUGGUAGAAUUUUAGACAGAUUAACUAGAAGGGUGUUUGAACAGUGGGGUGCAGCAGAGCUUGGCCAUCCAGUACUGCAGGAGGGUCUGGGGCUCUGAGUGGAUGCCAGCCUAGAAUGAUGCUUGUUUCCUGUUGCAACAUUUCUGUGUAGAGGGUCCCCUCUAGUGGUGAACUAUGUUAAUUUAUUGGUCUGUUACUGACAGGAAAGGAUUGCUACAGAUCAGGGGUAUUCAUAGACCAGGGGUAUUUAUUUCAAAAACAUAUUUGUACACUUUUUAUGUGUUUUUUUUUCGCUGAUCCCAUUGAGGUAGUGCGUAUGUAUAUGGGGGAAAUAUGUUUUAUUUCAAUGUUUUUAUUAAUAUCGCUAGCAACAGACUAGACACACUUUCUUCUUUCUAAUGAUGUCAACUUUAUUUCUCAACUCCUAAUAUUGAGCAAAUUACACUCACUGGAGUGUCUGACAUAGGCUUUGAAAAAAAGCACAAGUGAGUACAUGGCUAACCUUUGUUUAAACAGCUGCUAUUAGCGAACAUGUUUGGAGUAGAGCUGGCACAAUUCUCAUAUAAUAUUUAUUUUAGGAGAAUGGGGGGGUGUUCAACUUUAUAUUCAAGUGUGGAUAUAUUGUUUACCUAAUUCAUUUCCAAAAGUUCUAAUUUGUCAAACAUUUGUUUUUGAGAAAGGAGUGUCACCAAAGCGGUGUUGUAUUCAUUAGUAAGGUCUUUAUGACGCAUACAAGCUCAAAACACUUUACAACAAAAAUUUGAAUUAUUACAAUGUCUGGUCAUUUGCACGACAAUUAAUCGUUACCCAAAAUUCCAUAAUCUUCACAGCCCUAGUUGGAGUUACCUUUUCUAGCUAAUGUUGGUUGACACUACUUCCAAUUAUAAUGUGGGGAUGUCAAAAUAAUGAAACUAUCUACCAAAUCUAUUCAUUGUAAAAUGUUGAUUACUUGUCCUUUCCAUUAUCAUUCACCAGAUGACAAGACGGGGGGGGGGGGAACACAUUUUGCUAACAUGAUCUGGACCCCUGCUUUAGACUGGAGAUCACUGUCUGGACAUAUUUAGAUACAUUGAAUUGAUCCUUUCUUCCUUGUGUUAAUUUCUGGUUGUAACAUGAUAACCAGAUUGAAAGCCACGUAAUGAAGACUGCACAUUCACUCAUCCAGUAACCUCGGACAGGGCCAAUGUAUCCGACACAUCUGAUUUUGUUCCUCUGCAGCUCUGGACUCCCUGUCCGGUGACCUGAAGGGGAAGUACUAUGCCCUGAAGAACAUGACAGAUGCUGAGCAGCAGCAGCUGAUUGAUGACCACUUCCUGUUUGACAAGCCUGUGUCUCCUCUGCUGCUGGCCUCUGGCAUGGCCCGGGACUGGCCCGAUGGCAGGGGUAUCUGGUGAGAGGACAGGGAUUUUUCAUUCUCACACUACUUGGUUUCCUCAAAGGUAUUACAAGUUUGGUUUAGUUUUAACGCACCAAAGUCAUUCUUACUUUCUACCCUCUCAACCUUACUUUAUUCAAGUAAAUGACUGCGGGAAGGGAUAGGAAAUUCUCAGUUACCCUCUAACUAGGUGUAUCUUAAUCUCUGCUAAGUCAGAGGGAAAAUGUUCAUAACAGUUUAUACGCUGGUGGUGGCUUAUGCCACCAUCCAUGACCUUGACAGAUUAGAAUAAAUAAAAUGUUCUAUGGUCAAGGCACAACGAUACCAAGACCUUCCUGGUCUGGGUCAAUGAGGAGGACCACCUGCGUGUCAUCUCCAUGCAGAAGGGUGGCAACAUGAAGGAGGUGUUCAACCGUUUCUGCGCUGGCCUCACAAAGGUGAGGGAAUAUCUGAGGAAUAUCACAAGAUUUUGAGAAUGAAAUGUGGAUAAUUUGCUGUUGCCAUAUUAAAAAAUGCUCUGUGUAAAAACAUGCUGGAAAUGAUCAAUCAAUGGUGUUUUGUAUUCCUUUCCUUGUUAAAAUUGGACCUAAUCUAUUUUUUCCUCAGAUUGAAACCCUGUUCAAAGAUAAGGGCACUUCAUUCAUGUGGAAUGAGCACCUGGGCUACGUUCUCACCUGCCCAUCCAACCUGGGCACAGGGCUACGUGCUGGAGUCCACGUCAAGAUCCCCAACAUGAGCAAGCAUGCCAAAUUUGAGGAAGUGCUCAAGAGGCUAAGACUCCAGAAACGUGGAACCGGUAAAAAAAAAUUGUCACAGAACCAGAUACCUACGUUUGUUUUCUGUUGCUCAGGGUAACUUACAAGCACAUUAAGGCUGUAGCAUGACCAACACUGGCAAUAGUUCUAGCAUUAAAGCUGGAAUUUCUCUGAAAGGACUAUUGUAGCUGUGAAGUCCAUCUUCUGAUGUUGUGCCUCCAUUCCAGGUGGCGUGGACACCGCAGCUGUGGGUGGCACCUUCGACAUCUCCAACGCAGACCGCCUGGGCUUCUCUGAGGUGGCGCUGGUGCAAAUGGUUGUGGAUGGUGUUAAGCUGCUGGUUGAGAUGGAGAAGAAGCUGGAGAAGGGCCAGUCUAUCGACGACCUCAUGCCUGCCCAGAAGUGAAAACUCUUGAUUGCCUCCCCAUUGUCAUCUGAAUGAAUGUGUGACAUUAUCCUGGAAUGCACUCUGUAAUAAAGAGCACUUACUCUCUCAUACAAGGUCCUCUUUCAAUGUGAGUGGAUCUGAAAAUAAAAACUGUUUCAAUCCA